UAUGAAGCAUGCGGUUUAUGUGAUAGGUACACGUGUUCCGCCUACCACAUAUCGAAAGAACACAAUGUCUCUAUGAAUCCACUCGAUCGUAGACGCUUAUCUUGCUCUCUCUCUAUCCCUUUCUUUCUUUCUAUCUCUCUGUUUUUCUCUCUCUCUUUCUUUCUCUCUUUCUCUUUCAUUUUUUCGUGUAAAAACAAAUAGAAAAGCUGGUGCAAAUCCAAAGAAAAAAACCAACGUAUUAUCUAAAAAUAUUAAAACGGCUGAACUUGGUAGUAAUACUUGGCAAACAAUGCAAUAGAAAUGGCGCGCGAAGAAUGAAUGUGACAAGUAUGAUCAACAGCGCCGCGUAAUGACGUCACGUAGUAGCGCCACCAGUAAUCGUUAUCGAUUAAGCUCAUUGGUCGAGGAGCUUACAUUUUUUAAUCUAAAUUUUCUUUUUUGAUUAACGCAAAGAUGUAUUUUUCUUACGUAUUACGAAACAAUAAUGUUUUUUAUUUUUAACAAUUUUAUAUUAAGAAUAAAUAUUUUAUUUCCUUAUUAAUAUACAGUAUAUUAAUAUACAGUAAUACAUUACUUGUCGUUUAAAAAAUAUACAUGUUAUUUCAAUGAUAUGAUAUUCCUUUACGAAAACAAGCGUCCUCCUGCGGCAAAUUAAAAUAUCGUGACAAUGAAAAAUGUACAUCAGGUGUAAUCUCAGCAAAUUUAAAAUCUAAUAUAUUAGGAGAAUGACAGAGAAAACUCGAAUUGAAAAUGGAAAGCAAAAACAUCUUACUGUUUCUAUCGGAUCAAAAAAACCAAUUAUUAUUACAAGAAAAGAGUAUGAGGAGUUUAAAAAGCGUGGUCACUAUGUCACUAAAGAAGAGAAACAAGCAACUAUUGCAAUGACAGAAGAGGAAAGAUAUAGACUUACCAAGGACAGCAUGAUACGCAAAGAAGCUAUUCGUAGGAUGGACUUAACAAAAAUACGCGAAAAAGACAAAAUGUUAAAUGAAGUCGAAGAAGAAGCCAAGAAAAGGACAAUGCAUUUACUAGAAAGAGCUUACAAUUUAAAGCUCGAACAAGAAGAGGAAAUUCAAAAAUAUAAUCGGUUUAUCUUAGAAACUAAAUGUAGAGCUAUAAGAGAUAUGCAGAUAGCUGAAAAGAAAUUAAUCAAACAAGAAUUGGCAGAAGAAGAAAAACGUUUAAAUGACAUGAUGGAAAAUGAAAGAAGAUGGGCAAUUGAGGAAGAUUUAAAGAAAGAAGAAGAGGAAAUUUCUAGAAAACAAAUAUUCUCAAAAAUUUUAAAGGAUCAAAUUACGGAAAAUGAAGAACAACGAAUACUUGAAUUUGAAAGAAAGCAAGAGGAGAGCCAGCUAAUUAAUAUGAAUAAUAUAACUUGGCAGUUAGCAGAAAUAGAAAAGUUACGCCACAAGGAAGCUGAAAGUGCUAAAAUCCGUCGAGAUCUAGCAGAAGUAAAUGAACAAUUGAAGCAUUUUAAAGUUAUGGAACAAGAGGAGAAUAGAAUAAUAGAUUUAAGGAUAAAACAAUAUAAAAAAUAUAAAGAAGAAAGAGAAACUCAAUUAGAUGAAAAGCAAAGAUUGGAGAAUUUAUAUAAAGAACAGGAAAAAGAAAGACUGGCUGUACAGGCAAAGCAUACACAAGAUCUUCAAGCACAAAUUGAUGCAAUAAAUGCAGACCGUAUACAAGAAGAAGUAGAGAGAGAAUGGAGACGGAAAGAAAAAGAAGAAGCAAUGAAAAAAAUUGGAACUAUACAGGAUCUUCGGAAAGGAAGAGAAGAACAAAUAAACAAUAAAAGAUUAAUACAAGCAAUUGAAAUUAAUAGGGAAAAACGUGAAUUUGAAAGAAUUCUACGUGUACAGAAAGAAGCAUUUUGCCGCGAUAAGAAGAACCGUGAAAAGAAACAACAAGAAGCUCUUGUUCAUCGUAGUGAGAUAUUAAGACAGGUAAAUGAAAAGGAAAGAGAACGUAUUCAAGCAAGACAGAAGAUGUUUGAGGAAGGAUUGGCAAUUCGUACACAAGUUGCUAUGCGCAAGAAGAAGUUACAAGAGGCUAUGAACCAAAAAUGUAAAGAAAUGAGAGAGAGCAAGGUACCCGAAAUAUAUAUUAAUGAAGUUAAACGCCUAAUCGAAAAUAUUGACUAAUGCAUAUAUACAUCUUGUAAGAAUUCUUAUUUGAUAAUAAAUACUAUGUUUACGUAUAUUUAA